CGCGCCAUUCCUCGGCGUCCUCCGGCCGCGCGCCCCGCCAGCCGCGUCUCGGCCAUGGCGGGCCCGGGGCCGCGACCCGCCAAGGGCUACCGGGUGGUGCUGCUCGGGAGCGUGGCCGUGGGCAAGACGGCGCUGGCCACGCAGUUCGCGUGCGGCAGCUUCCCCGAGCAGUGCGAGCCGUCGGUGGAGGAGCUGUUCAGCAAGGUGAUCGAGGUGAACGCGGCGCCCGCGCUGCUGGAGAUCGUGGACACGGUGGGCGCCGAGCACCUGGUCACGCUCAAGGACCUGUACAUCAAGAACAGCGACGGCUUCGUGGUGCUCUACAGCGUGUGCAGCGAGGCCUCGUUCGAGGCGGUGCGGCCGCUGCGGGAGCGCAUGGGCCGCCUGCGGGGCCCCAAGGCCGUGCCGCUCGUGCUGGUGGGCACCAAGGCCGACCUGGACGCCGAGCGCCAGGUGCUGACGGCGCGGGGCCGCGCGCUGGCCCGCGAGUGGCGGUGCCCGUUCCUGGAGGUCACGGCCAAGAGCAAACUGAUGGUGGACCAGGUGUUCACGCAGGUGGUGCGCGAGAUGGAGGCCCUGGCCCCGCCCGAGGAGGAGGCCCCGGCCGCCCCCCCCAACGCCCAGGAUACGUGGCCGUCCGAAAGGUUCAUCGGCUAAGGCGCCGCGGCUCCUGGUCGGCACGUCCGCGCCCUUCUGGUUUCUGACGCUCAGCCUGCCUGCCCCGCUUCGUGAAGAAAGUUCUGCGGCCGAAGACGCGUGGCUGCUUCCGCGUCGCAGCUCCGGCCAGCGCUUCGGACUGUUUGCAGAGCCUCUUAACGUGUUUGGCGAAAACCUGGCCACUUGGCUUCCCCCGUACGGCGCUACAGGACGCCCCCAGGCGAGAUCUAAUCCCCGCGUGGAGACCGCACCACCCUUUUCUCCAAAUGGGACCUGUCCCGGGAUCCCCUGCUCCCCCGUGUGAUAAGGAAUGCUUUCCUGCAGAUGUCAUCCGGCCUCUGAAGGGGGUUGGGGACCCCGAACUAAAGACUCUAAGCUUCGGAUUCCAUGAGGUUUUGGUGUGUUUCCCUGUGCUUUGCAGCCUCGAAGUGAGCAGUCAUAUUUUCCCCUCUGCGUAUUUCUAAAUAUAGUUAUGACACACGCAGCGUUGGUUUGAAAGGGAUAUUGUAUACCCUGGGAGGGAGGCCCCGACUGCUCCCGCAGAGGUCGCCCAGCCCGGCCUCCCCUCUCUAACUGACAUCCAGGCGACUAUGCAUCUGUAAAUUGAGUGAAAAUAAAGUGAUUUGAAAAGGUGA